CUUUGUAUUCAGUGUUCCUACACCUUUUAGUCUGCGUAUUCGUUCUGUGGCUUCGUGUCUGACCUUGGAGCAAGAUUAGCUAUUGUUCCAUCCAACAUAACGGUACACCACUACAACACUUUGCAUUUACGUACUGUUAAACCACCUUUAUAAGUUUGGUUUGUAAUCAGUUUGAAGAAGCCACUGUUUUCUGCAAUCAUCUCGAGACUGCUCUCAAAAGGAAGAAGGAGAAAAAACUUUUGGACUGACGGACAAUGAGAAUCUGAGUAAACACAGCUAGUUGAAUAGGAACAUCAUCAGCCUCAGGUCAAGAAACUGGGUGUUAAUACACACCAAAUCAAAGUCAUUCUCUGGGUGAGUCCUCGAAGCAUCUCUUCAGCUUUAUUGAAGUAUGGCCGACCAAAUCAAAGUCAAAAUGAUUGAUAAUUCCGACCAAAUCAAAGUCAUUCUCUGGACGAGUCCUCGAAGCAUCUCUUCAGCUUUAUUGAAGUGUAUGGACAAAGUUCCAGAUUCUAAGAUGCUGUUUGAGAUGUACAGCACGGCAAGAUUCUUUGGCCCAAACAAAAUGAUUGAUAUUUCCCCUUUACCUGGUGUGAUCACUGAUAAGACCCCGGAAGAAAUUCUGAAGGAUCCCGGGUGUGGUUUCGACAGUUCAAUCUGUACUUAUAAAUGGCUAAAACACCACAUGGAGACAGGAUACCCUGAUAAGAAGAUUAUUUUUGCCAAAGAAAUGUCUUAUUGUGCCGAUGGGAAAUUUGAGUAUCUUCCAGAUUCUGGCUAUCGCCAUGCCUUUCUCAUACGUAACCCAGCCAGGGUCUUUCCAUCUUGGAAGAAACUAAUAGUUGAAAUGGUGAAUCGUAAAGGUAAUACCAAUAUGUCACUAGAUGAAGUGGACCUUGACAAAAUGCCCUCGGAGAUAUUUCCAGAAGGAGGUGGUUUUAAAGAAACCUAUGAUUUAUAUUCCUACGUAAAAGAGAAAGGUUUAGACCCAGACCCAGUUAUCUUAGAUGCAGAUGAUCUUGUAAAUAAUCCAGCAACCAUGCUGUCUGGUUUCUGUAAGACAUUAGGGAUUCCAUACAGUGAUGAGUUACUUAACUGGGAUGCUGGGGUUGACUUUGUUAAGGACUGGACAGUCAGUGAACCACUGCACAAUAUCAUUCAAUUUAGUCAAAGCUUUAAGAAUUUCCGAAGUGGCACUUGUUUCUUGAAGCCUCAGGUCCAAAGCCAAGAGUCUAAACCAGAAGUGUCAGCUGACAUACAGCGCCUGAUUGAUUUGUCAAUGCCAUACUUCACAAAGAUGUAUGACAAAAGAAUUAAAUGAAAAAAUAGCAUCAGCUCUUGCAAACUAAUGCAAACCAAAAGGACCAUGGUGAAUGCAAAAUAAUUAGUUAAUGGCUUGACGUUUUUGACCCUAGAAAAGCCUCUGCUAGGAGCCAGAAAAGCUCUACUAGGGUUAAGAAAGACUCUGCUAGGGUCAAGAAAGACUCUGCUAGGGUCAAGAAAGACU